CGUAGAAUGAAACCCCUCCCACGGUGUUAUUCAGCCUUUGUACCGUUCAGUUGGCAGCCAUUGUAUUUUUACGGAUCGUAAGAAAUCUAAAGCGUAGCGAGUCAUAUAGUUUUUAACGCGACGUGUUAAAACACUACCAAUAUAAUUAUAGAUUCAAAGAUAACGUCUACUGCCGAAGUACUCAAGUAAAAAGACGCGCCAAACGAAGAUUGUAUUUUCCACCCCAGACGUGAAGCUUGGCGGAGGGAUUUAACCGAAUUUAGCAUACGUUUUUAACGAAAAAUUCGCCGUAUAAAUCCGCACCCAGAUUUCUGUCAAACAUCUUUGUUUCAUAGUGCGUGUCCGACUUUUUCUUAGGUCUGUGCCCUUAUUUAGAUGGCAAGCUUCCCAGACUCUGUGAACGAAAAUGAUUUAGGUAAGGCAAAGUUCAUUGGCGAACUCCUGGUGCCUGUUGCUCCCUUUGACCAGAAGUCUGGCCGUGAAGCUUGGACAGUGGCCUUUGCACCCAAUGGUUCCUACUUUGCUUGGUCUCAGGGGCAUCGCAUUGUCAGGCUUAUCCCUUGGACAAAAUGCCUGAACAGCUUUUCAGUGGACCAUGGAGAAGAGGAUACCAAUGCCUUGAGCCCUCGGCAUUUGUCUCGUCAGAGCAGCAAUGGUGGUCAAGUAGUCCCAGCAGCAGACCAGCCACCAGAACACACCAUAGAUUGUGGUGAUAUUGUCUGGGGAUUGGCCUUUGGUUCCUCAGUACCAGAAAAGCACAGCCGCUGUGUCAACAUUGAGUGGCAUCGCUUCAAGUUUGGACAGGAUCAGUUGCUCCUGGCAACAGGCCUCAACAAUGGUCGCAUCAAGAUUUGGGAUGUUUACACUGGAAAACUGUUGCUGAAUCUGAUGGAUCAUACAGAUGUAGUACGAGACUUAACUUUUGCUCCUGAUGGCAGUCUGAUGCUGGUGUCAGCAUCCAGAGAUAAGACCCUUCGUGUAUGGGAUCUCAAAGAUGAUGGUAAUAUGGUGAAGGUUUUGAGGGGCCAUCAGAACUGGGUGUACUGCAGCUCCUUCUCCCCUGACUCUUCCAUUCUGUGCUCGGUUGGUGCAGGAAAGUCGGAGCGCUGCGCUGACAUUUUGAGCAGCUGGUGUAAACCAUGGACGCACAGUGCGCAAUGCCCAAAGGCCUGGCCAGGGGCAGCCUGGCAUCCUGACCUGCAAGGUCAUUCUGUGUUCCUAUGGAACAUGGAUAAGUUCACGCUGAUCCGAAAGUUGGAGGGACAUCACCAUGAUGUGGUGUCUUGUGAGUUUUCGCCAGAUGGAGCAUUGUUAGCUACCGCCUCUUAUGACACCCGAGUGAUUGUCUGGGACCACCAUAAGGCCACAAUCCUCCUGGAACUGGGCCACCUCUUCCCCCCUCCUUCACCCAUUUUUGCAGGAGGAGCAAAUGACCGCUGGGUUCGCUCUGUGAGCUUCUGCCCUGAUGGCCGACACAUUGCCAGUGUUACAGAUGACAGGCUGGUUCGCUUCUGGAGCAUUGAGGAAAGGGCUCCUCUGGCGAUUGCCUCUGUCUCUAAUGGCCUCUGCUGUGCCUUCUCUGCUCAAGGAAGUGUCCUUGCUGCUGGGACUCGUGAUGGUAGCGUGCACUUCUGGGAGUGUCCACGUAGCAUUGCCAGUCUGCAGCAUAUGUGCAGAAUGGCUCUCCGUCGAGUGAUGAGCACCCAGCAGGUGGAGGCGCUGGCCAUUCCUGCACUCCUCUGUGACUACCUAACCUACAAAGUCAUUUAAUCCUUGGCAUUGGCUGAUCUGACUGCAUUUGUAUUGGCAACAUACUGAAAAACCAUUGAAACACUUUUUUUUCUGAACAGCUUUUCAUAAAACUCUGAACAAUCUAAGAAGAUCGGGACAGGAAGAAGAAAAGUUUGUUUUUCUGAAAGCCCAUGGCCAUGUCUUCGCCAGAGCCCAUCACUACCUUAUCUUGUACAUAUUUAUUUUUGUAAGUGCUUUUGUAAAUGAGUGUACAGGGCCCAGCACAUCACCCAUUCCUGUUAGGUCAAUACUGCCAGGUCUCCUCCUCUGUAUCAGUGUGGUUAUCAGUAAUUUUCGGCUGCUCUUCCAUCUGCCUCCAGCUGUCCACCUGCAUUAUUAUUAAGCUCUGCAUUAGUUCCACAGACCUGGAAUAGGUAUUGCAUUUAACACAGGCUUUGCAGUGGGGCUUGCUUUUAAUGUUAGGUUUUCUUUUCUGCUUUGGUGCGGGAACUAAAGGGAAAAGGUAUGGGAUGCAGGGUCUUGAGGCCCAUUAUUUACAUCUUAUCAAUACUAAGGAAAUAAUGAUGCAGACAUGGUCUCUUUGGAGGUUUUUCAAAUUUUUCUGAAACAGUAUUUACACUACCAUGGUAUACUCGCUCACUGAAAAACUUGUAGCAGCUUUUAUUUCUGAUGAAAGGACAGCAUUUGUCAGUAAAAGAUGCUAGAGCCUGAUGAAUAGGGUAUCCACCAUCUUGGUAGUCAUCCCUUGGCAAGAAAUUGAAUGACUCUUAAUAUUUCUGUCCAAGUCAACAGAUGCCGUUUGGGUAAACCUGCAAAUAUUCUGCUAAUUUUUCCUCAAACUUGCAGGUGUAACG